CAGUUUUGUCAGACACUGAGACAGAGCACCGGAGGAACGUGGAGGAGGAGUACAGUUUUUUCACCAUUUAUAAAGUUAUGUUCUGGAUGACGGAUUUUAAUUUAUGAAAAGAGAAAGGAGUGGAUAUUCACACCGUUCAGGAUCAAGGUCGUGAGGAGCUGGAGCGUGCUCAGCGAGGUUAGGAAGACGGCAAAAUGGCAGUCUCCACUCAACUGGGUUUACUGCUUUGGAAGAACUUCACCUACCGACGGAGACAGACUAUCCAGCUGCUGAUUGAGAUCAUCUGGCCCCUGUUCAUCUUCUUCAUCCUGAUCUCGGUCCGAAUACAUUAUCCGCCCUACGAGCAACAUGAAUGCCAUUUCCCGAACAAGGCCAUGCCCUCAGCGGGUACUCUCCCCUGGGUACAAGGCAUCAUCUGUAACGCCAACAACCCCUGCUUCCGCAAUCCUACCCCUGGAGAGAGUCCUGGGGUGGUGGGAAACUUCAAUGAUUCUAUAAUCUCACGUUUGUUCAAUGAUGCCAAGAAGAUCCUGCUGUACACUCAGAACGAUAAGAGCUAUGAGGGCUACAGGGGACUACUGAGGGCCCUCAGAAAACUGCAGAAGAACACUGCCGGUUUCAAGCUGAAGGACUUUUUGCAAGACAAUGAGACUCUCUCCCACUUCCUGCAUCACAAUGCCUCACUUCCUCGUCACGCACUGAAGCAGAUAGUGGAGGCUGACGUCAAUCUUGAGAAGGUGCUGACUAAAGGCUUUGGCUUCCAUCUCAGAGACCUCUGUAACACCACGCCGCUGGAGGAGUUUGUCCACAUUGCUGACCACAAUGUGUCCCGUAUGACUCAAGAAAUUAUCUGCAAGUCCUCCAGUGACUGGCUUGACAAGGCCCAGAGCCACUUCCUGUCCAACUUGGACUUCCUCAAACCCAUUCGGAAGGAUGUGAGGUCAGACCCCAAAGUCGUUCAGGAGGUUUCAGCUGCAACCGACAAUCUUCUGGAGAGCCUGGGAGCUCUGGCCGUGGAGGUGGCCAGUAUGAAGAGUUGGAAGGAUAUGCGAAAGGAGAUCCUGUAUCUAACUGCAAAUGCCACAGGCUCUCCAAACCAGAUGUACCAGGCCGUUUCACGUAUCGUCUGCGGACACCCUGAAGGAGGUGGCCUCAAAAUUAAGUCUCUUAACUGGUAUGAAGACAACAACUACAAGGCCCUGUUUGGAAACCAUGGCAACGACAGUGACAGUGAACCCCUCUCUGCUUACGACAACUCCUCAACCCCUUAUUGUAACAACAUGAUGCGGAGCCUGGAGUCCAGCCCCAUUUCCAGGAUGAUCUGGAGAGCUCUGAAGCCACUGCUCAUGGGGAAGAUCCUGUACACCCCAGAUACUCCUGCAACGCAGAGGAUCAUCCACGAGGUUAAUAAGACCUUCCAGGAGCUCGGGGUUCUGAGGGACCUUGGAGGGAUGUGGGAGGAGAUGAGGCCCAAAGUUUGGAACUUCAUGGAGAAUAGCGAGGAAAUGGACCUGGUUAGGACUCUGCUCCAGAAUAACGCCAGUGCUGCAUUCUUAAACACCCAGCUCAGUGGGACUGAGUGGCACGUGUCAGAUGUGUUUGAAUUCCUGUCCAAGGCCUCAGAGGACCCAAGACCCGCAGGAUCCACCUACACCUGGAGAGAUGUCUUCAACGAAACCGACCAGGCCAUACAGACCAUCUCACGCUUCAUGGAGUGCGUGAACCUGGACAAGCUGGAGCCGGUAGCUAAUGAGGAGCGAUUGGUCAACAAGUCCAUGGGUCUCCUGGACAACCAGAAAUUUUGGGCAGGAAUCGUGUUUCCUGACAUCGCCCGUAGCAACAGCACUGACCUGCCUCCCAAUGUCAACUAUAAGAUCCGCAUGGACAUUGAUAACGUGGAGAGGACGAACAAGAUUAAAGAUGGGUAUUGGGAUCCUGGUCCCAGAGCUGACCCCUUCGAGGACCUUCGGUACAUUUGGGGUGGAUUUUCCUACCUGCAGGACGUCAUCGAGCAUGGAAUCAUCAGAGCCAUCACUGGCACCAAGGAGAAGACGGGCAUCUACAUUCAGCAGAUGCCUUACCCCUGUUACGUUGAUGACAUCUUCCUUCGGGUGAUGAGUCGUUCGAUGCCUCUCUUCAUGACCUUGGCAUGGAUGUACUCAGUGGCCAUCAUCAUCAAGGGCGUUGUGUACGAGAAGGAGGCACGGCUCAAGGAGACCAUGAGGAUCAUGGGACUGAACAACGGCACCCUGUGGCUCAGCUGGUUCAUCAGCAGUUUAAUCCCACUGCUGAUCAGCGCGGGCUUGUUGGUGAUGUUAUUGAAGAUGGGAAACCUGCUCCCUUACAGCGACCCGGGUGUUGUGUUUCUAUUCCUUGGAUCAUUCGGCGUAGUAACCAUCAUGCAGUGUUUCCUCAUCAGCACCCUGUUCUCGCGUGCUAACUUGGCAGCUGCCUGCGGUGGGAUCAUCUACUUCACCCUCUACCUACCCUACGUGCUGUGUGUCGCCUGGCAAGACUACGUUGGCUUUGGAGCAAAAGUUGUUGUGAGUCUGCUGUCUCCUGUUGCGUUUGGGUUUGGCUGUGAGUACUUUGCCCUGUUUGAGGAGCAAGGUGUGGGUAUCCAGUGGUCGAACCUGCUGGCCAGCCCUCUGGAGGAAGACAGCUACAACCUGACCACCUCUAUCUGCCUCAUGCUGUUUGACGCCGUUCUGUAUGGAAUAAUGACCUGGUACAUCGAAGCUGUGUUUCCUGGUCAGUAUGGGAUCCCCAGGCCUUGGUAUUUCCCUUUCACUAAGACGUACUGGUGUGGGGAGAAAGAGAACAAGAACAUCUCCACCCCUCUGUCAAAGAAGGGCAAUGCUGAAGCUGUGUGCAUUGAGGAGGAACCGGGCCACAUCGACCCAGGUGUCUACAUUGAGAAUCUAGUGAAGGUCUACAGCCAUGGAAACAAGCUCGCUGUAGACGGACUGUCCCUGAGGUUCUAUGAAGGACAGAUCACCUCCUUCCUCGGACACAAUGGAGCUGGCAAGACCACAACUAUGUCAAUCCUGACGGGGUUGUUCCCACCCACCUCUGGUACAGCCUACAUCCUCGGCAAGGACAUCCGCACUGAACUGAGCACCAUCCGACAGAAUCUGGGCGUCUGUCCCCAGCACAACGUACUUUUCAGCAUGCUGACGGUUGAGGAACACAUCUGGUUCUACGCCCGUCUGAAGGGGCUGCCGGAGGAGAAGGUGAAGGCUGAGAUGGAGCAGAUUGUCAACGACGUUGGACUGCCUCACAAGCGACAGUCUCGCACCAGCACCCUGUCCGGUGGGAUGCAGAGGAAGUUGUCGGUGGCCCUGGCUUUUGUUGGGGGCUCAAAGGUUGUGAUCCUGGAUGAACCUACUGCUGGCGUUGACCCUUAUGCACGCAGGGGAAUCUGGGACCUGCUGCUUAAAUACAGACAGGGCCGCACCAUCAUCCUGUCCACUCAUCACAUGGAUGAGGCUGACAUCCUGGGUGACAGAAUCGCCAUCAUUUCCCACGGCAAGCUGUGCUGUGUAGGCUCCUCGCUCUUCCUGAAGACUCACCUGGGGACGGGCUACUACCUGACCCUGGUCAAGAGAGAUUACGACCUGACGCUUCAGUCCUGCAGGAAUUCUGCCAGCACCGUCUGCUACAGCAAGAAAACAGAGAAGGAGGACAGCGUAUCAGAGAGCAGUUCAGAUGCUGGUUUGGGCAGCGAACCGGAAAGUGAAACCACCACUAUUGAUGUCUCCCUCAUCUCCAACGUGAUAUUCAAGCAUGUCCCAGAGGCUCGCCUGGUGGAGGAUCUCGGCCAUGAGCUCACCUAUGUCUUGCCCUACCAGUCCGCUAAAGAUGGAGCUUUUGUGGAGCUUUUCCACGAGCUUGACGACAGACUCACCGACCUGGGAAUAUCCAGCUAUGGAAUAUCUGAUACCACCCUGGAAGAGAUUUUCCUCAAAGUGGCCGAGGACAGUGGAGUCGACUCUGUUGAGCUUUCAGAUGGAGUCGUACCAACCAGGACUCGUCGUCGUCAUGCCUUUGGAGACCACCAGAGCUGCCUGAAACCGUUCACUGAGGAUGACUUCGAUUUCAACGACUCUGAAGGUGACCCAGAAUCCCGUGAGACCGACUGGCUCAGCGGAACAGAUGGCAAAGGUUCGUACCAGGUCAAAGGCUGGAGUCUGAAGAGACAGCAGUUUGUUGCACUACUCUGGAAACGAUUUCUCUACGCUCGGCGCUCCAGGAAAGGCUUCUUUGCUCAGAUCGUUCUCCCUGCAGUGUUUGUGUGUAUUGCCCUGGUGUUCAGCCUGAUUGUUCCUCCCUUUGGAAAGUACCCCAGUCUGGCUCUGGAUCCCAGCAUGUAUGGAGAGCAGUUCACCUUCAUCAGUAAUGACAUACCUGACGAUCCUCACACCAAUAAACUACUGGGAGCUCUGACAGAAAAACCAGGAUUUGGAACACGCUGCAUGGAAGGAGAGCCCAUACCGGACACGUCCUGCACUGCAGUAGAGGACGAGUGGUCGAUCCCACAAGUUUCUCAAAGUGUGAAGGACAUGUUUGAAAAAGGCAACUGGACCAUGGAGAAUCCGUCUCCCCUGUGUGAGUGCAGCUGCGAAGGGCGCAAGAGGAUGCUGCCGGAGUGUCCAGCUGGUGCUGGGGGACUUCCACCACCGCAGAUGAAGAUCAGUGACAAAGACACUCUUCAGAAUUUGACUGGCAGAAACAUCUCAGACUAUCUGGUUAAAACCUACGCGCAGAUUAUUGGAAAGAGCCUGAAGAACAAGAUUUGGGUCAACGAGUUCAGAUACGGUGGAUUCUCACUGGGGGCCAGGAAUUCUCAGCUUCUGUCCAACAGAGAUGAAAUUGACGAUGCAAUCGUGGAGCUAAGGAGACGCUUCCGCCUGGAGAGGGGAACUGCAGCAGAUCGUUUCUUUCGCAGUCUCUCCAGUUUUAUCCAAGGACUGGACACCAAGAAUAACGUCAAGAUCUGGUUUAACAACAAGGGCUGGCACAGCAUCGGCUCUUUCCUCAAUGUGAUGAACAACGGCAUCCUGCGGGCAAGUCUGCCAACAGGGGAAGACCCCACAAAGUUUGGCAUCACUGCCUACAAUCAUCCGCUCAACCUCACCAAGGAGCAGCUGUCACAGGUCGCAUUGAUGACGACAUCAGUGGACGUGCUGGUGUCCAUCUGCGUGAUCUUCGCCAUGUCCUUUGUCCCGGCCAGUUUUGUGGUUUUCCUCAUCCAGGAGAGAGUGAACAAGGCGAAACACAUGCAGUUCAUCAGUGGGGUGCAGCCUUUCCUCUACUGGCUGGCCAACUUUGUCUGGGAUAUGUGCAACUACAUCGUCCCGGCCACAUUGGUUAUCAUUAUCUUUGUGUGUUUCCAACAAGACGCCUACGUCUCCUCCACCAAUCUGCCUGUGCUGGCUCUGCUGCUGCUGCUCUACGGAUGGUCGAUCACCCCUCUGAUGUACCCAGCCUCAUUUUUCUUUAAGAUCCCCAGCACGGCCUAUGUGGUUCUGACCAGCGUAAACAUAUUGAUCGGAAUCAAUGGCAGCGUCUCUACAUUUGUACUGGAGCUGUUUGGGAGCAAUGAGAUCGGUGGUAUCAACGACAUACUGAAGAACGUGUUCCUCAUCUUCCCGCACUUCUGUCUGGGCAGAGGACUGAUUGACAUGGUGAAGAAUCAGGCAAUGGCUGAUGCUUUGGAAAGAUUCGGUGAAAACCGAUUCCGUUCCCCUCUGGCCUGGGACAUGGUGGGAAAAAACCUGUUUGCAAUGGCCAUAGAGGGCGUUGUCUUCUUCUGCAUCACUGUCCUCAUUCAGUACCGCUUCUGCAUUAAGGCCAGGUCUUCCACCAGUCAUCUGAAGCCUAUUGGAGAAGAAGAUGAGGAUGUGGCCAGAGAGCGACAGAGGAUCCUGAGUGGAGGAGGACAGUCAGACAUCCUUGAGCUCAGGCAGCUUACCAAGAUUUACAAGCGCAAACAGAAGCCAGCAGUGGACCGGCUGUGUGUUGGCAUCCCCCCCGGAGAGUGCUUCGGUUUGCUGGGAGUGAAUGGAGCAGGGAAAACCAGCACCUUUAAAAUGCUGACAGGAGACUCUGUGGUCACCAGUGGAGAGGCCUACCUGGCUGGUAAAAGUGUAACUACAGAGAUCGAUGAAGUGCAUCAGAACAUGGGCUACUGUCCUCAGUUUGACGCUAUCAAUGACCUGCUGACCGGCAGAGAGCAUCUCGAGUUCUACGCCAUCCUGAGAGGAGUGCCUGAGAAGGAAGUCUGCGAGGUGGCAGAGUGGGGCAUCCGGAAGCUGGGGUUGGUCAAAUAUGUGGACAAGUCGGCUGGCAGCUACAGUGGAGGAAACAUGAGGAAACUGUCUACUGCCAUCGCUCUCAUAGGAGGACCACCUGUUGUGUUUCUGGAUGAACCAACGACGGGCAUGGACCCUAAAGCACGUCGGGCCUUAUGGAACGCCAUCCUCAGCAUCAUCAAAGAGGGACGAUCUGUAGUCCUGACCUCUCACAGUAUGGAGGAGUGUGAAGCACUUUGCACCAGGAUGGCCAUCAUGGUCAAUGGCAGGUUCCGCUGUCUUGGCAGCGUACAGCACCUCAAAAACAGGUUUGGUGAUGGCUACACCAUCAUCUUGCGGGUGGCGGGGCCAGACCCAGACCUUCGGCCAGUGAUGGAGUUCAUUGAGCGGGAGCUGCCAGGCAGCACACUGAAGGAGAAACACCGCAACAUGCUGCAGUACCAGCUGCCCUCAUCCCUCACCUCCCUCGCCCGCAUCUUCUCCCUGCUCUCCAAGAACAAGGAGGCGCUCAGCAUAGAGGACUACUCAGUCUCUCAGACCACUCUAGACCAAGUGUUUGUAAAUUUCGCCAAGGACCAAAGUGACGAGGACCAUUUGAAAGACGUCCAUCUGAGCAAGCGAGAUGCUGUGGUAGUGGACUUUUCCCAGCUAAACUCCUUCCUCACGGACAACAAGACAAGGGAGAGUUGCGUCUGAUUCCACAACAUACCAUCAGUGGGAGUUGCUAUGCUUCACCCACCCUCCCCCGACCCCAGAAAAUAUGGACCACUAACCUGAGGGGGAGAUGAACUAUGUUCAUUUUUUUUUUAUUUCUAUUUUUUAGUCUUUUUUAAUUGUUAUCAUUUCUCAGUGGACCUGCACUUAAGCGCACAGCCUCUUGAAAAGGCAGAGACUGCAGGUUUCGUGACAGACACUGAAACAAUGAAAACUCAAUGCAAAUCAAUGCAAGACAUAUAUAAAUAUAUUUAAGAUGAGGAGAUAUUCCUGUGAAGGUUGGAGACUGGUGCUUCUCCUUCACUGGGUGGACAGAGAGAAAGAAAAAGACUCAGAACACUUGAAGCUACAGCAGGAUUAUAAUGCUGUGUUAGACUGGAAAAUGGACAAGGCAUCGGGGAUGAUAGAAGGAAAUAUCUCUAGUUUUUAAUCCCCAAUCCUAGAAGUAGUUAGCAGUAGUCAGUGGGGCUGUGUACGUGCUACUCUGUAUCGUGAAAUCACGGCAGCAUAAAACAAACAACCAAGUUUGGAUCAUUCACUGCCAACUGCUAAAAGAUGGACUGGCUGACUACUUUUUUAUUCAGGGUCAAACUUCUCUCAAUCUCACUUCGUUACCAAGCGCAGUUGUUUUGUAAUGGAAGUGAUCUUAUAAAAGCAUUUUCAAUCCAAGUGAUUUCAGUCAGAAACAUGCUAUCAUGCAAGAUAUUAAUUUUUACUAAUUAGAUUUUUUUAAGAUAACUUAAUUCUACUUGACAAAUAUAACCUCUAUGAAGUUUUUUUUUUUCCUUUUUUGGAUAACAAUUAAGAUUGAUAACCAAGUUGUCUUUUUUAUUUGUUGUUCUUGGUGUCCUUGACAUUGUCCAGCACAGUGCCUAUACUGUAUCAUGGUGGAGAGAGGAAUCUGAGCACUCCAUCAAACACAACAAUGUAUGUAGGCUGCCAAGGAAUGUAUAAGACAGAUACCAACAGACAUCAAAGCACAAAAAUGAGCUUUUUGUUGAGAUGAUGAAUGAAAACAUGACUGUUUUUUUUUUUUGGAAAUCUGUGUCCUUUAUUGUCAUAAGACAAAACAAAACAAAACAAAACAAAACAAACAAAAAUGAACGUGGUUGCUUGAUGUCUGUACACGAUGUACAGUCUCCUGUACUGGCUUGUUGUUCCUCGCCCUGUCCUCUGUAAGCGGAACUGAGGGCUAAUCAAAGCGGACACAAGAAAGCCGAAGAUUGCUGAAGAGUUUUCGAAAGUUCAUUGGACAUGUUGCAUGCUUCCCACUGGCGAACACACCUUGACUAUCAGCACUUCUAUGUGUGUGUGCCAAAGCAUGCCGUCAGCUUGUAAAGGACUGAACUCUGCUUCACUGUUGUUGGAUUACUGGCGCAUAUAUAUACAUGUGGAGUCUACAUCCAAAUCCUGUUGUAAAAAAUGUGAUAUUGAUGGAAGAUGAAAAUGUUCUUGCAGCUAAUUCUGUAGAUCCCAUACAAGGGGAGGGGUCAGUUUCACAGCUACUGUGCUUGUAUGGGAUCUAAAGUUGGCACCUCUUCCAGUAACAUAUGCUUUUAGACAUAUGAGCUGUGUGAGGGCAUGAUGGGAGUGUUUCAGACCUGAGCCAGUGGCGAUGUGGAUAUUAUGUACAGUAGCAAUUGUGUGAUGUCAAGUAAAAAAAAAAAAUGUUACCAGUGGAGUGAACAAAAAGUAUCUGUGCCAAAAUGGAACUGAAUAUGUAUCUUUAAUCAACCAGCAUAAUCUUGAGGAGGCAACUGUUUUGUGAAGUUUAAGUUGUGCUUUCAUUUCAUUUCAGUUUUUUUUUUUUUCUAUCAGCUCACUUACAAUAAUCCUCCUCUUUUCAUUUUCAGCAGCUCAAAACUUAAAGCACAUAUUAUGUGAUACAUGUGCUCUGUCAUUCAGUCUUCAUUAGACUACAUGUUGUUUCUGUCUUCUAGUGUUGUUGCCAAAUUCUAAUCUUUCUGUCAGUUCACAUUAAUACGCUGCCACAGUGAAGUUAACUGUACUGUCAGUAACUCAGAUUUUACACAUGAGGUUGAGAUACAUAUUAUGUUUCCAGAGCUAGUCAAAAAGCCAGACUACACAUAAACAGGGACCACGUCAAUUAGAGUUGUGCAAGGCUUUAUAUUCCAAAAAAAAAUCAUAAUAUCCAGGGUUUAAAAUGAUGAUAUAUUGUUACUACGGGUGCUCCGUGUCAUACAAAAUCUUGGAAGGGGUUUUCGUUAUCUCUGGGAUCUAAUAACUUGUGUGGCUUCAGGCUUACCCUGAUACCAACACUGAGGGUUUGAGCCAAAACCCACCUAACCCUUCUGUUAAAUGUGAGCACUUUACAGGCUUAACAGCCUUUUGUUUCAGACAUGUAGAGGUAGGGAUUUGGGUACAUGGCAAGAAGACAUUUAAAAAGCAAAUCUCUGCACUGGAACACAGACAUGAUUCAGACAAAUCGAAGCUACACCACUGCAUUAAAAGAUUUGUUUGAAACUGGAAACAGAAUAAAGGAUUACAUGUGAUUGAGAGAAACGAGUGAAAUGAGUAAAAAGUAGAGACAGUAGUGAGAUAAAGAGAGAAAUGCAGAACAGUACAAAGGUGGUGAUUUCUUUCUCUUUUUGUGGUCUAUAUUAUUAUUUGUUUACAUUUUUAAGUAUUAAACAACAGUUUCAGUCUGUUACCCAUUGUGUAUAGCUACUCUUUACAUUAAUAAAUAAAAAGAUUCAUACAUUUUGAA